AUGGUCGAAAAUAUUACGCAGAACACGGUAGAGGCCGAAAUCCGUCGACGAAUCCUUGAGCCGCUCGGAAUGGAACACACGUUCCUAGAGGGGUUUGAAGAACAGAAACAGGGCACGAUGACAAAGCGCUAUCACUUUGCCACAAAGGAAUAUCGUGAGGCAGCGGGAAUCAAUGCAGCUUUUCCCGAGCUUCAAGGCGGCAAGCUCAUUGACUGUACGGUAUCUAAUCUUUCUGUUGAGUGGGCAGCCGGCGGCAUGGUUUCCACGCCUUCUGAUCUAGUCAAAUUCGCCACUGCCAUUCGAGAUGGGAAGUUGCUCAGUGCGGAAUCGCUUGCUACCAUGAAGAUGUGGCGACCAACUUCGAGCGAGACCUCCGAGAUGGGCCAUGGACUCUUCAGAAUGAGAGACUCUGAGAAACAUGGGUGGCUAGGCCACUUCGGUGGCGUGCUGGGCUUCACGGCGGCUUUGUGGUGGAAAGAGGAGGGAGACUGCGUGAUAUCAGUGCUGUCCAAUGUAGGAGUUAUACACUCCGGCGAUGUGCCCUCGAGCGGAGCCCAUAUAGUCAUCAAGAGCAAGAUUCGAGAACUUGCCGCUCAAUUAGCUGAGCUGUGA